UGCUUAUCUGCUUUGAAUUUUCAUACCAAAUUAGUGGUUACUGUCGGGAUGGCACUUUUCACUCCCGACCGAGAAUAUGUUCGUAGCAUACCUCGCUAUUCCCAUACAACAAGAGCUUUAUCGGAUGAUCGGUGAACCGCUUAUAUCCAGAUUGUUGGUGGUAAUAUACUCAAACCUCCAGAAAAGCGAAUAUUACCGUCAACACUAGUAUCGGCGGAUACUAUCGCCAACCUAUAACAAUGUCCGGUGCCAAGGACGUAAAUUCUCCGCUCCUUCCCACAGGAGCGAAGACUUACGAUCCCCAGAUCGGCUCACCUUCCGUUCCUUCGAACCAAUCUAAAGCACCAACCUCGCCCCAGAAACCAGGUCAGGCUAACCCAACUCCGGUCAACCCGGCAACCCUAAAGAAUCUGUCCUGGGGAGCACCAGCCGGUCUUUCCAUCCGAGGUCCUAAUGAUGAGAAUUUGGUUAUCUUUAGAAAAGCGUUAGGAAUCAACUAUCACUACGAGGCGGCGGACAGCGGUACCUUGGAGGAAGGGCGCACAUCUGCUGUUGGCAUAUAUAGGUCUGUAAUCCGGGAACAACAAAGCAAAGCCAUCCAGCACGCAUUCCUCACGGCUUUCCUCUACCUCUGCUACUUCGCUCAAAUCGUCAUCGGCGCCGCGUUAACGGCUAUCGGCCCCACUUCGGGGCGGUACCAGACACUCAUCACUGUCCUUGGCGCUGUUAACACCGUCCUAGCCGGUCUCCUAGCUUUGAUAAAAGGCUCAGGACAACCGCAGAGGCUAGAGAAAGAUCGCGUUGGAUUCCGAAGAUUGCAAGAUUGGAUUGAAGAAACAGAGGCUUUACUCGCAGUGGGUGUCAUCGGACGGAAUAGAAAAGAAGUCGGAUUACUAGUCGAAAGCGCAUUCAAACGGUACAACGCAGCAAAAAUGAGCGUCGAAAAUAACAGUCCGGAUUUUUACGUCAACCAGCCAGACUCGAACGACGACCACUCGGACGCCGCAGGAAAACCACUUAAGCCGAAUGGCCCUUGAUGUGGAAGUUCGGCAGUGCCUAUCUCUUGUUUCUGAGUCAGAUGUUGGUUCUGACUAAAUUCCGGGGAGAAGAUGGGGAUUGCUUAUCUUGUCAGAUUGCUAUAAGGGGUGUGUUCUGGAUAGGUCAAUUAG